AUGGACGAACGUACCACGGAUAUCGCAGAGGAAUCUAUAUGUGGCCGCGAUGGGUUGCUAUACGCUCCUCACCCUUCCAAUGCACGAGUGCUCGAUCUUGGCUGCGGCACUGGAAUAUGGGCUGUCGAUGUCGCUAACAAAUAUCCCGAGGCUUUCGUGAUCGGAGUGGAUCUUGCAGAGAUUCAACCAUUCAAUCGCCCCCAAAAUUGUGACUUCUAUGCGCCCCGUGACUUUGAGGAUCGAUGGGCUCUAGGUGAAGACCAUUGGGAUGUGAUCCAUAUGCAAAUGGGUUGUGGCAGUGUCAGCAGUUGGCCCUCGUUAUAUCGCAGAGUAUUCAUGCAUCUACGACCGGGGGGCUGGUUUGAACAAGUCGAGAUUGACUUCACACCCCGAUGUGAGGAUGGCUCUUUGGUGCAUACGUCCAUGCAUAAGUGGUACCAAUGGUUUCAAGAGGCUAUGGAGAUGUCGUGGCGACCUAUUGGCCAUAGUGUUAAGGCAACAGUAUCUAUCUUGGAAAAUCAGGGAUAUUCAGGCGAUCUUGUGCGUUUUGGUGCUUCCGUGAAUGCGCUCACUACGAUUCUGAAGGAGGAUAUCAAUCCUCGAGAUGCGAUGACUAUAUCCCUGAUAAGCGAAUAUAAGCCACUUUUUCAAUCAAGUGAUAAAGAGUGGGCACUUAAGGCGGAAAUAAUUAUUCACCAACAUCUAUGUUAUCACGAAGGGAAGGCACACGGAGGGAUCUUAGCAUUUCUGCUUGACCAUAUGUUUGCGGACUGCUGUGCCUUGAUGGAUAGAAAUCGCCGCGCCGUUACCGCUGAUCUGAAAUUAUCAUAUAUCCGGCCUGUGUCACCUAACCUACCCACAUCCUUCCAUGUAUGGGUAGCUAAGGUUGAAGGAAGAAAAAUUCAAAUGGCUGGAACCGUCAGUUUGAUUGAUCGAGAGUUAGGAGAAGUGGUUGCCGUGAAAGCAGAAGCUCUUUUUAUAUUCCUAGCUACGAGCUGA